UAUUUAUUUAUUGAAAUAGGGUUUCUUUGUGUAGCUUUGGCUGUCCUGGAACUUGUUCUGUAGACCAGGCUGACCUUGAACUCACAGAGAUCCGCCUGGCUCUGCCUCCCAAGUGCUGGGAUUAAGGCGUGCGCCACCACCUCACAGCUGUAACAUUAGAUCUUAAUCACAGAACCAUCUCUAGCCCUGGAGUUUUGUUUUUAACAGCCUGAAUUGAUGAAGACAAUUCCAUUAUCUUUCUCCCCCCACUCUCUGUUAAUUUUUGUUCUAGGCUAUAUCUUACUGAUAUUUUAAUUACCACAGCCUUAUUCUUCUUGUUUAGCUUCCAUGAUCUAGUGUGAUUAGAAACACCUGUACUUAUGACAGCAACCUUCAUAUCCAAGUGCACAAGAUGGCUCCAUCCCUCUGACUUUGACAUCUCUCAUAAAGUUUUGUAAUUUUUCUCAGCCUUUAUUACAUAGCCUUAUAGGAUCCUCUCCUUAAAAUAUAUUUUUUUAAUGAUAUGUAUCUAUGUGGGUGAAGUCAUGUGCACAUGAGUGCAGGUACCCUCUAAGGCCAUAGGUGACAGACAGAUCCCUGGAGCAGGAGUUACAGGUUGUUAUGAACUGUCCAGUGUGGGUGCUGGGAAGUAAACCCCGGUCCUCUACAAGAGCAAUACAAAUACAGCCUUUUAACCACUGAACCAUCUUACCAGCCCCAAAUAUAGUUUUUUGUUGUUUCUUUUCUUUUGUUUUAAGACAGGGUCUCAUUAUGCAGCCCUGGCCUCGAACUCACCUGCUUCCCAGUGCUGGGAUUAAAGGCAUACACCACCACGAUCAGCUGGAAUCCUCCCUUGAGAGUGAAAGGACUGUAUGAACUUGUCAAAAUUUGAAGAAGGAGUGGGUUUUACUAUAUAUAAACAAAGAUUUAAUUUCUUUAAAAAAGGUUUUGAUAGCAGAUGGUGCAUGUGUAAAGAGUAAUAAUUUGACAGAUCUGAGUCUGCCAUGGAGAGAGCGAAAAGCACUGGGGUGUGUAACACAGAAGUCUCAAACAGAACCUGUAUAUCCAGGUCUGACCAUGGUGCGUGUGUGCUGGGUGGGGGUUUCACGGGUCCAUCCUACAUGCUGUCAGUUGAUAGGUCCCUUCAUCUGCUGAGGACGGUUACCCGCUGAGGACAUCAUCAAAUAUACAGGCCAAGGUACUGUUGCCUGUGCCUGAGGUGAGGUCAGGCAUCCUGAACUGCUGGCGGUGGGGUCCUUCGGCGGUCUUCAAUGUCAGCCUCCACAGCCUCAGGCUCUCUGCCUACAUCCACCUCUCACUCGCUCAAAGUCACCUGCCGGGGGCGCCACCAACGCAUCCAGAACCUAGUCGUCACGUGCCCAGCUUGUGGCCUCACGGGGAGGAGGGGCAAUGUCACAUUUCCUAGUCAGCUGCCCCACGCUCUCCUGCUGGGCUGCGCCUCGGGCUUCAUGGCCGCCCCCACUUCCGGCCCAGGCCCCUUGGGAUCCCUGCUGCUUCUUCUCCUGCUGGCUACCCCAACUUGGGUCGCAUCGAUCAGUCACCCACACGCUAAAAGCCAGGAAAAUUCAUUGAGCAGUGACGUGGCCUGUGGACAGCCAGUUCUGCAGGGCAAGAUCGUGGGUGGAAUGCCAGCCCCCUUUCAGAAAUGGCCGUGGCAGGUCAGCCUGCAUUAUUCUGGCCUACACGUCUGCGGUGGCUCCAUCCUCAAUGCCUACUGGGUGCUGACAGCAGCACACUGCUUUAACAGGGAGAAGAGGAUUGAGACCUUUGACGUGUACGUGGGCAUCAGCAACCUCGACGUGGCCACCAGAUACACCCAGUGGUUUGAGCUUAACCGGGUGAUCAUGCACCCCACCCACGCACUGUUUCACCCUGCUGGGGGGGACGUGGCGCUCGUGCAGUUGAAGAGCCCCAUCGUCUUCUCGGAUGCCGUGCUCCCAAUUUGCUUGCCGCCUUCCAACCUGAACCUCAACAAUUUGUCUUGCUGGACUACUGGAUGGGGACUGGCUACCCAGGAAGGUGACAGCGUGAAACAGCUACAGGAAGUCCAGUUACCACUGAUCCCCAAGUUCAAGUGCCAGCUGCUCUAUGGAUUUACAUCUUACUUCCUGCCAGAAAUGUUCUGUGCUGGGGACAUCAAGAAUGUGAAGAAUGUGUGUGAGGGGGACUCCGGCGGCCCACUGGUAUGUAAGCUGAACCAGACCUGGCUGCAGAUUGGAAUAGUGAGCUGGGGCCGCGGAUGCAUUCAUCCCCUGUACCCAGGGGUGUAUGCCAAUGUCUCCUAUUUUUUGAAUUGGAUCCGUUAUCACGUGGAGAACACACCCACUCCUCCUCAGCUGCAUCCCUCCUUCUCUUCAUCCCCAAGAGCCAUCCUUAGUGUUUUUGUGAACAUGCUGGCUAGCCUGUUGGUGUUGUGAGGACUGAGACAACCACCCGCUGCGGCCGGCCCCUCGUACCCUGUUCCUGUCCUCUGUAGCUCUCCAACCCCUCCCCCAUGCACCUUGUGCCCUGAAGCCAGGACACUUGUCCCAGACUCUAAGUCCGUAAAAGGCUGAGCGAAAGAAAUGGAGAGAGUCAGAGGUGGACCAGGAGGGAGAGUUGGGGGACAGCUGGGGUGAGCCAAGAGCUUGGGCUCUACCCAGUCAAACUUAUUAAACAUCUGUGAAACAAGUGCCUCAGAACUGGUAACCUCGCCUUUCUCUCCAGCCUCAUUACAGACCCCGUCACUGUGCAAUGGGUAGGAGUCCACACGUAGAAAGUAGGCCACUCAGACACCAUCAGGCAGUCUCCCACCGUGUGAAAAGAGAGGCACAAAGGCUGGAGAGAUGGCUCAGUGGUUAAGAGCAUUGGGCUGCUCUUGUAGAUGACCCAGGCUCCAUUCCCAGCAUUCACAUGGCAGCUCACAACCACCUGUAACUCCAGUUUCAGGGAUCCAUUUCUGGCCUCCACAGGCACCAGAUACAAGGCACACUGAGUUACACAGAUAUACAUGUGGAUGAAACAUCCAUACACACAAAAUAUAAUGAAGUUUAGGGGGGUGGGGAGAGAAAGGUACAAAACAAACUGAACUUUUCUAGACCCGCACCGGGGCAGGCCUGUGGGCACAGCCCAUGGAAGAGAAUUUGGUUGAUUCAGUUUAAAGAUUGUCAAAAAAGAGUUUGGGAACAUGGAAAUAUCCCAAGUGGAAAAGCAGAAAACGUGAGCUGAGAAUGAGCAGAUACAGGGAAGAAGCCAAAAGGCAGUGUAUAGAAACGAAUGAGCAGAAAGCCCCACAGUACCAAGUCUGAUGUCUGCAGGACCCGGGCCCCCAGAUCCUGCCAGCCUCAGAUAGACAAUAUCCCCCGCCCCCAAUUUCAUCUCUGCUGAACAUGGGCAGACUCCCCAAGCAAUGCAGCUUCACAAUGAUUGGCAUAGCAGCUCCACUGUGUCAGGGGUCCUAAGUCAACUAGAGAUGGUUUGUAAACAUGGGAGGAAUGAUAGUGGCACGUGCCUAUAAUUCUGGCACUUAGGAUGCUGAAACAGGAGGGUGACAAGCUUGAGGCCAGCCUGGCCUACAUAGAAAGAACCUGUCUUAAAAAAAAAAAAAAACCAGUGUGUGGAAAGGUAUUUGUAGGUUCUGUGGAAAGCACAUUCUUUUAUGAGCAUGUGGCAGAGUUCUGCUACUGACCCUGCAGAGAUGCCAAGGGACCACUGACUUUCAAAAUGUGGCUAUUUAUUUGUUUGUUUUGGGGGACAGGGUUCCUCUGUGUAACAGCUCUGGCUGUCCUUGAACUUGCUUUGUAGACCAGGCUGGCCUCGAACUCACAGAGAUCUGCCUGCUUCUGUCUCCUGAGUGCUGGGGUUAAAGGCAUGCACCACCACCUCCUGGCAAAAUGGCCUUUUGGAAAAAAAAAAAGUAGGAGGAGAGCAAUUAUUAACUUAAGAUAGAACCUGAAAACAAAAGUCCACAAAAGAAAAGACAUGGAGAAUACCUACUGAAAUAGAGGGUGUGUAAGAGCUCCAAGAAGGUAUUAUAUGUAGUUCUAUGCAAAUAAAUAAUAAAAAAGUACUUUUAUUAAAAAAAAAAACAACUAGCCCCAGCAGAGAAAGAAGCUUAAAACAGACCAGAUUCCAUAAACAAAUGAAGAUAUUUAAGAAAGUGACACCCACCCCCGCUUAGUAGAAGUCCCUGGGAACAGAUUUCCUUAGGAGAUGUCCUAACCUUCAAUAUGGAGAUGCUCCAGCACUGCUUGGACUGCUGGGAGCUCAGGUAAGAGAGCAGCAUCCCACUUGCUGCCAGGAGCAGCUUUGGAUGAAGAUACACUAACAUAAUCCAAUGUAUAGACAAAAACCCGAAUGAGGGGUAGGUGCGAUGGUUCAGUGAAGAAAGGUGCUUGCCACCAAGCCUAAAGACCUGAGUUCAAUCCCAGGGACCUUCAGGGUGGAGCCAACUGACUCCCACAAGGUCUCUUUUAACCUCUAUGUGUGCCAUUUAGCACAGGAGCACACACACACACAAGUAAACAAUAAAUGUAAUGAAAAAUAAAUAAAAACCCUACGGCGAGAUUAACAAAUAGACCCCUGCUUUACCUUUCAAAACAGUGCCCUACAGUCAAAUAGGACCUAAUCUAUCAUGUGAGAUUGAUUAAAUGUUAGGCCGGGCAGCGGUGGCACAUGCCUUUAAUUCCAGCACUCAGGAGGCUGAGGCAGGAGGAUCUCUGUGAGUUCAAGGCCAGCCUGGUCUACAGAGCUAGUUCUAGGGCAGCCAGGGCUACACAGAGAAACCCUGUCUUGAAAAAAAAAAAUGUUAGGAAACACAUAGCUAAAAUUCACCAUAUCAACUGUUCUGCUAUGGAGACUUCCAAUGAGGAAGCUUUUGACAAAUUCAAAAGUCAUUUCCAGUUUUUUAAAAUUAUUUAUUUUUAUUUUAUGUACAUUGGUGUUUUGCCUGCAUGUAUGUCUGUAUGAAGGUGUCGGAUCCCCUAGAACAGGAAUUAUGGACAGUUUCGAGCUGCCAUGUGGGUGCUGGGAAUUGAACUCAGGACCUCUGGAAGAGCAGCCAGUGCUCUUAACCACUGAGCCAUCUCUCCAGCCCCCAUUUCCAGUUUUAAAAACAGGCAGGAUUAUAUGAAUAGGAAGAUGUGUGCUUGGAUCCUCAGUCUCAACCUGGCAGAGUGGCAUUAGGCACGCCCUAAGGCCUGAAAUACAGGGGGGCUGGAGCGGUCCCCACUCUGCUCCUGAGUCCGUCACCACAGCCACACGGAGGACACAUCCCAGGAAACAGAAGGAACGGUUUGAGUCAUCUUUUGUAGGAAAGUGAGAGUUUACCAUGGGCACCAGCCACUUGUGAAGGGAGACACUUCAGAAGUGGCUGUGCCUCGGCAGAAAGCGCACGCUGGCAGGGAAGACCAGAGCAAGACUCCACACCUGGAGUCCUAGCACAGCACGUGGAAACAGAGAGGAAUCUCUUAAACACUGCUACAGAUGGAGUGUCUCACAAAGAAUCUGUGUGUCUUUGGCUCACAGUCUAGAGCAUGGUGUUAGUACCGUACCAUGGUGGAUGACACCUUGUCAUGGCACAGCGGCAUACCAGACAGUGUUGCCCAUCAGUCACCCCCUCCUUAACCCACAAAUCUAGAAGUUCACGAGUGAUUAAUCCACCAUGAGACCAGUUCCUCAGCAUCCAGGCACCUCUACAUGUAACUGACAUGGCUUAGGGAUUCACUGUCUGACACAUGGGUAUGGAGGUCAUAGCCAAGCCCUAGCACCCCUACACACAGCCGAGAAACAAAGAAAAAGUAGACUUGAGGCUAUGGGUGUAGAUGCCUAUAUACUUGCCUAACAUGUAUGAAGCCUCGGGCUGGAUCCCCAGCACCAUAUAGAUCAGGUGUGGAGCCAUACACCUGUGAUCUCAGUACUUGGAAGAUGGAGACAGAAGGGUCAGGAGUUCAAGAUCACCCGUGGCUUGAAUUUUUGACACAGGUAUUGUCUAAAAAAAAAGUAGGUUUUAAUAGAUGAUAAUAUAGUUUAUAUUCUCAGCUAGGACAGCAUGAAGUAAAGUGGGAUUUCUUUUGUGUUUUUGGACCUGGACAAGUUGAUUUCAAUGUUUACAUCAAAUCACAUGUAAGCAAAUGUGCUCAAAAUAAAUUCAACGUGAAAGCCA